UUGGUCAACAACUCCAGUCGGACUGAGCUGCACAGACCGCGGUGUGUGAUGUGACUGUUACCAGAGGAUAGUAGUGUCCGGCUCCGAUUAGAAUAAACAAAAGAAGAAUCAUAUCAAGUGUUUGGAUUGACGCAGUUCAGACAGGAGCUGCAGAGUGUUGGUCAUGGCAAAGAAGUCAAACCCAGGCUGGUUAGAAGUUUUCCUCUAUUCCACGGUCAUAUCCAUUAUUGUGGGGGCUCCGGUUAACGGCCAUUACUCUCAUAGACGAUCUCAGCGACCCAUUAGGACAUCUGAGAUCCACCAUGAAACCCGUGCUUCACACGUUCAUCUCUCCUGGGAUGAGGUAAAACGGCUGCAUUUCAAGCCCACCGUAGGCUCCAUCCAGCUGUCUGAAGGCCAUGUGGCCAAGUUCAACUGCUCCAUCGAUAUCCCUGAUGCUCGUGUGGAGCCCACGAUGAUCUGGGUAAAGGACGGUCAGGAGCUGGCAGGAAAUGUACAUGUGGUGAUGAAUGACCUCCAGACCAUCACGGACGGAGUAAUAACACUCCUGUCGACUGUCAGUAUUAGCCAUGUGCAGAGAGCGGAUGCAGGGCAGUACCGCUGCAGACUGAGCAUCAUGAAUACACUAGUUGAGUCUCAACCAAUCAACAUUGAGGUUGAAGGUCUGCCAACAUUUAUCCAACAACCCGACGACAGGAACGUAUCUAGGAACACACCUUUCACACUUUUAUGUGAAGCAGUUGGGCCUCCAGAUCCUGUUCAGAUCCGCUGGCUUCGUGAUGGAUUACCUGAUAGUGACUUCCAUAACUCUCCCAGCAGCUACUCUGUGUCAGGUGUGGACAAAUUCACCCAGUUCAGCUGUGAGGCCUAUAACUCGAAGGGUGUCACUACCUCCAGGGAAGCAAACAUCAACAUCAAAGGACUUCCCAGCCCUGUGUCUAAUGUUACGGUGGUGGAGAGGCAGUCCAACAAGUUAAUGCUUAGCUGGACUCCUGGACAUGAUGGGUUCUCCCCACUCACCAAAUGCCACAUUAGAGUUAAAGAGGUGAGUCAGAGGAAAGGUGAGGUGAUGACCACCAGGUUCAUCAACGCCACAGUUCCACCUUUUAAGUGUGAAGUCACCGGGCUGCAGGCCAUGACGUGGUACAACAUGAGUGUGUCCUGCAGCAACGAGGUGGGAGCCUCCCCUGUCACUUUAUGGAUUCAGAGCAACACCACAGAAGGAGUGCCAUCAGCGUAUCCCAGAAACGUCACCGUACAUCUGAAUGAGUCAUCACUGGUGAUCAGGUGGAAGCCACCGCCAGAGGACCGAAUAAACGGCAUCCUGAAAGGCUAUGAUAUUAUAGUUAGACAAAUUGGAGGACAAAUGAAUAAGAUCCACAGCUACACCACCAUGGCGUCUGUACCUCUGCAGGAAUUUAACACAACGUACAGAGUGGAGGUGGCUGCAUGCACACAGGCAGGGAGCGGCAUGGUCAGCCCACCAGUGUGGCUGUUCGUGCCAGAGGACAGGUCUGUCCCCUCACCAUCUUCCAGCCCUGACACCAGUGUUUCAGACUCUGUCUAUGUGGUGCUGGGUGUGGUGUGUAGCAUCUGUCUCCUGCUACUCAUCCUCUGGGGUGGUAUCUGUGUGCACAACAGGACUACUGGAUUACCGUUUGGGCAGCUGUUUGGAGCUAGUGAAAAGCUGCCACCUGUUGUGGAAUUCACAUCACAGAGAUCCUACAACCGAUCAGCAGUAGAAGUCACACUCAGUAGCCUUGGUAUUAGUGAUCAACUUCAGGCCAAACUGCAGGAUGUGAUGGUCACGAGGAACUUACUUUCCAUAGGAAAAGUUCUAGGGGAAGGUGAAUUUGGCUCUGUUGUGGAAGGACACUUACGACAACUGAAUGGGACAUCAGAAAAAGUUGCAGUGAAGACAAUGAAAUUGGAUAGCUUCUCUCAAAGGGAGAUAGAGGAGUUCCUGAAUGAGGCCGCCUGCAUGAAAGACUUUAACCAUCCUAAUGUCAUCAGAUUACUAGGUGUGUGUUUAGAAGUGGGCUCUGGCCACUUUCCCAAGCCCAUGGUCAUACUGCCUUUUAUGAAAUAUGGAGAUCUGCACAGCUUCCUUCUGCGCUCUCGUCUAGGAGAAAGUCCAAUGUUCUUGCCCACUCAGACUCUGCUCAAGUUUAUGGUUGAUAUUGCUUUGGGGAUGGAGUAUCUCAGCAGUCGCAAUUUUUUGCAUCGAGACCUGGCAGCACGCAACUGCAUGUUGCGUGAUGACAUGACAGUGUGCGUGGCAGAUUUUGGCUUAUCCAAGAAGAUCUACAGUGGUGACUAUUACAGACAAGGAAGAAUAGCCAAAAUGCCUGUGAAAUGGAUUGCAGUAGAAAGUCUGGCAGACAGAGUUUUUACUGUAAAGAGUGACGUGUGGGCGUUUGGUGUUACCAUGUGGGAAAUUGCUACCCGAGGCAUGACACCAUAUCCUGGGAUUCAGAACCAUGAGAUUUACGACUACCUCCUGGAGGGACACAGGCUAAAGCAGCCAGCAGACUGUUUGGAUGAGCUGUAUGAGAUCAUGUACAGCUGCUGGAGAGCUGAUCCGCUGGAUCGGCCAUUCUUUUCCCAGUUGCGAGAAAUGCUGGAAAAAGUAACAGAAAAGCUUCCAGAGUCUUUCAGCAAAGAAGAUAUUAUCUAUAUAAACACCAGCUUUCCUGAAGAAGACCCUGAUGGAGAAGAGCUGACUGUAGAGCAUCCUGUGUUCAGCUCUUCACCUUCAUGCAGUCGCCAGGCAGCGGAAAAUGCUGUAGUCACUGCGGACAUUCAUGGAAGUGUGGAGGAUGAAGAGGAUGAAGAUGAUGAUCGUUAUGUUGUGGUGAUCGCCUCUGAUCCCUCCCUGAGAUCUGGUACACUAAACGCUCCUCUUUUAACCAAUGAUGCUUUGAGACAAGUGACUGGAGAGACAGCAGCGGACCACAGCUCAAGUGAUACGUCUCACCUGCUGUAAAGAUUAGUAUUUAACAGAUAAAAACUGUGACGAACACUAUUGGACCAUGAUAACAGUAUCCCUCAUGGCACUGGGAGCACCUUCACCUCCAUUGUAUCCUAAUGGAGACUUUCUACAGUGUUAUGGAUUGGUCAGUUUGGACUCUGCAAAGCCAGUGUCAGUGUUUGCAAUACCGUCUGUGUGUUAAAUGUUCCUUGUUUCAUAAGCUUGAGAUGCACUGAACUGUGAAACUGUUUAUUAUAUUGAAUUCUGUGUUAAAAUGUAAAUAUAGAAUUGUACAGAGCAUUUAUAAAAUGAAAUUAUAUAUUGUAAAAAAGAAAUGAUUUAUAGAUUCCUUUGAGACUUGAUUAUUAAAUUGAUGUGCAUUUUGCCAUGAUUGUCUCAUUUCCAAAUAUCGUCAUAUUUUAAGUGUAAUAAGGACUAAAUGGCUGCAUUUGGGUACCAAUGAUGAAUACAGCUUUCUUCUUGC